GAAAUCAUCAGGCUGUAAUUUAUAUGUGUUUAAGGGCAGCGAUAGGAUUUAUAGAGAGAAGUUCAUCUGUGCAGGGGGUCAGAUGGCUCCCUUUAUUUAGCACACUAGGACAAACAUGUGUUAGUCAAGUAAGGGCAGAGGAAGAUCUCCCAAACACACUCCAGCCCCUGCACAUGUGGUCGACAUGUGUUGUCAUUUGUCUCCGCAGCUGCUGGGACAACACCUCAUAUCCAACCCCCCGCGCCAGUGAGUGUUUGGGACAUUAAGGAGACACAAGCGGCAUGGAUUCUCGGCUGUCGAAACAGAUCCAGUGCUCGGUGUGUUUGGGGGACUUCACGGAUCCGGUGAGCCUGCUGUGCGACCACACGUUCUGCCGGCAGUGCAUCAGCAAUCAUUCCCAAAGCUGCCGCCUGAAACUGUGUCCGGAAUGCAGGCGACCCUAUACCAUGUGGGACCUCCGCUCCAACCGAGUGCUGAGGAAUAUGGUGACCGCCGUGAGGGAGCACUUGAGCGAGCAGCAGGCCCUCAGGGACGGGAAUGUGGCGUCUUGCGGAGCCGGGGCGAGAGUGUUUGAGGAACCGGAGAAGCUGGUGUGUUCGGAUCAUCAGGAGAGGCUCAAGCUGUUCUGUGAGACAGAUCAGAAACUGGUGUGUCUGGUGUGUAGGGACGGUGAGAGGCAUCAGGGACACGCGUUCAAACCUGUGGAGGAGGCAGCGGAGCCCAGAAAGAAUUUAUUGUUAGAGCCUCUGAGCUUCCUGUCGAAAGAGAAUGAAGAGCUGCAGGCUCUCGUCAAGAAACAGACGAAUGAGAUCUCUAAAACCGAGGAAAGGUCUCGGCAGCUCUCUGCUCAGAUCUCUGCUCAGUUUGAGGAGAUGCACCAGUUUCUAAAGAAAAAGGAGGAGGAAGUGAAGAAAACGCUGGAGAAAGAGGAGAAAGAUACGAUAGAAAAGAUGAAAAGAAACAGAGCAGAAAUAGAAGAGAAGCUGAAUGAUGGAAGAGAGAAGGAAGGGAUUCUGCGCUCAGUCUUUGAGACGGAUCAACCUGACGGCUUUCUGCAGUGGUGGACAGAGAAAGGGCUGGACUUUGUCGAAGAGAUGAAAGAGAAAGAAAGCUGCUGUGAAAAUAAUGAUAUUGCUUCUCAAACGACCAAGUUCAAAUCAGCGGUGAGAAGCGUGAACUUGACACCUAAUUCUCUGUUCCUGGGCCUUCAUGAGACACACUUGCAGUUUAUUGUGUGGAAGGAGAUGCUGAGCUUUAUCAAACCAGUCCCUGAUCGUAAUGUCAUACAUGACUGUCAUGACCCAUACCUGAGGGUCUCCUCUGAUGGACGCAGUGUCGUACGCACAUCCAAAAAGGGGAUUUUCUUGCGUCACAAAGACUACAGGCCUCUGGCCAGGACCCACAAGACCUUCCAGGCAGGACAGCACUACUGGGAGGUGGACGUAGGAGCCAAGAUAGACUGGAGCGUGGGCUUCGACGGUGGGUCCAUAAGCAACUUAAACAAGGACAUCGGGCUUCACCUUAAGCACGACCGAGGCUACUGCAUCAAAGAGUAUGAGACUGUGACAGAGAUAGAUCUGACGGUGAAACCUCGCAGGAUAGGGCUGUACCUGGACUGUGACCGGUGUCAGGUGUGCUUCUAUAACGCAGAGGACAUGACUCUACUGCACACCUCCACAUACCCUUCAUCCAUCCCUUACUCCCUCAGCCUCUCUCCAGGAGCUCAUCUGGGAGGGAAGAAUGCUGAUCCGCUCACAGUGACCUGGAACUGAUCCAUCUGGGAUGCUUUAGUGAAGACGGUUAUAAGAAAUGGUCCAUUUGUGGGUUUUGAGGUGAUGUAAUAGUGCUUGAGAGAAACAUUACUGGCUGCUGUUUUUACUUCCUCAGUUUGUUGGUGAGUGCUUUGCUUUAUUUUGGUAACACUUUAUUUCGUUAGUCCACUUUAGACUUUCUACUACCAGUAAGUACUUUGCAAUUCCACGUCAACUAGCAGUCAUUAGAGGAUUGGUAGACUUUCUGCUUAUAUAUUAUAAUAUAUAAUUUGAAUAUACAACAUACUGACUGCCAUACUGAAACUUUAUUUGACAAAUAUUUGUCAGCUUAUUCUACUAAACCUAAACCUAUGCUCUAACAGUCUGAUCUGAGAGUUAGUACACACGUAGUUGCUAAUUAAUGAGAAUUAGUCGACAUGUAGUUACAAUUUACUUAAUAGUUAGUAGAAGGUUUAAAGAGGCUCUAAUAUGCACUAAAUUCUGAGACAUUUUUUUCUGUUCCUUUAGAGCCAUUUCUGCUACUUUAAAAGAAAAAUCAGUGAUGGCAAAGCCAUAAUUCUGAGAAAAAGUAAUAAUUCUUAUGAAAUAAUCACAUUUUAUCUCAAUUUCAACAUUUUAUAAUUUGAAAUUACUUUUUAUACCAUAAUUAUGACUGUUUAUGGCAUAACUGUCAUAUUACAUAACUGUUUUGUCAUAAAUAUGUGGUCAUAAUUACGAACUGUCUAAAUAAUGAUUGCAAUGCCAUCAUAAUGACUGCUUAUGUUAUAAUUACGAAUUCUUUGUCAUAAUUAUUUUAUUUCAUAAUGGCUGUAAUAAUGUCAUAGUGUCUGUGCGUGUAAUAAUUAGGACUGUUUGUCAUAAUUAGGACUUUUUUCACAAUUGUUAUGACAUAAUGACUGCGUAUGUCGUAAUGACUGUUAUAAUUAUGUUGUCAUAAUUAUGACUGUUUUGUUAUAAUUAUGUUAUCUCAUGAUUGCCAUAACUAUCACUCAGUAAUUUUAAAUAUUGUCAAUUAUUGUCUAUAAUACAAUAACAAAAUAUUGUCUAUAAUAUUAAUAAUUGUGACAUGGUAUGACUUUUUUUUUCCUAAUGACCUUUAGUCUGUGUUUUUUCUCAUGUGGUGUGAACUGGCCUUCAUAGUUAAUAUUUUAAAUACAGCAAGCAUUAUAAACUCACCUUUAUAUUUUAUACAUUAUAGCAAAAAGAAUAACUACAGAAAAUUAGUUCAUAUACAUACGUUAUGGACUGUUUGUUUGAAAUGUGAAAUAAUUUCUCAAACCUGAUAUUCGUGAUAUAUGCAGCAGUCAACAUUUGAAGUGUAUCAAAAUUUUUGCUGGUAGCAAACUUUUAUGAAAGGUUUGGAUGUACUUCAGAUGUUGGCUAGUAUACUUUAUGUAUAGAAUAUUCAAAAGAGAAAUGUUUCUUUAUGUGCCAUAAGGGCAGUGUUAUAAAUUAGCUCAAGAAAUCACGUUGUGGGGUCAAAUAUAUUAACAAUGUAAAAUCAGCUCCAUCUCAAUGAAUCAUACAAAGGAUUUGAUAUUAUAUCCCAAAGUGCAUAUUAGAAGUGAAUGUGCAAACAAGUAGUUUAGGAAUU